UCCACUCCAUGCUAUUGGAAGCCCGUAGGAUCAGACCACCGCUGAUAGCCGCCGGCACACGUAUGAACGAACCGUGCGGUCCGUUGAUGGCACAUGCUCUGCUCCUGGCAAGGCAUGGACGGGGCAAUGCCGAUGCAGUUCUCGCGCCGAUGGAUGUUGCAAAAGUGGAAGGCACCGGGUCGGGCCACCCUCAUCAUCGAGUCGAGAAACUGCGACACAGUCGAUACAUUAAUCAGAGUGUUCUGGUGUUCCCUCCCUCUCAUCGUGCCUCCAUCGCCGCUCUUGGUUGUUUCGGCACUUGCAAGCGCAGCACCCGCCCCUGCUCCGCAAGCCGACAGCAUCGACCAGGCUACCGCCGCAGCCGUGUCGGCGGCCAUCGCGGCCGUCACUAAUGCCCCGGCACGUUCAGCCACCGCAGUCGCCACAGGUACUUCUGACACCACCGUGUCCGUCGCCGGCGUAGUCAGUGUCUCCAGUGACUUAGGACUCGACGAUAUUUUGGCACAAGCCCUCGGUGUGUCCAAUCGGCCAAAGAACCGGCAAUGCUGGUCCCUAGGUUUGGAUAUCAAUUCUGAGUACGAGAAAAGGACACCGGAUGGCAGAGUCCGGAAGGUAAUCCGUUUCACUACCUGUUGUUGCUGCUGCCGUCAAGAAGCUCAUGCCGACUCCGUGUCCAAGCAGUUACCGCGGACCAUUGAGCAGACUUAAGACUGGAAGGGCCCUGAUGGCGUGGUGAAGGCCCCGUUGUGCUCGUCAAAGGCCAGUCUCCCGGGCCCAUGCUCCGGGACAGUUGAGGCGACACCUUGCGGGAAAAUGUCGCCAACAAGCUUUCCAGCCAGGGCCGGGCAUCCACUGGCACAGCAUACGCAUGCUGAAUGACAACAUUAACGAUGGUGCACCCGG